GUUUUCUUCUAAAGCAUUUUUAAGAACAUGGCACCCAAAAGAACAAAAAAAAUCUUUAUACAAGCAGGCGAACCGCGGACCGCGGCACUGAUCCGCGCGACAGGGCGGUUCGUGCAUUGGGAGCUCAUAUUGGACUGCAGCCAUCCAAUGCAGACUUCAGUAAUAUUCGCCGCAAAGCCGCUCUCGGCUCCGAUUUGCAUCAAAUCGCUGCAAAAUCCGGCGACCUUCUACAAUCCCUCUUCCUCCUCCACUCCCAUGGCUGCUCCUAAAUGGGCUCAGAAGACUGUAUCUCUCCCUCCCCAUACCCGAGGCUGUCAUCUCGUCACCCCUAAGAUAUUGAAGGAAAUCGGGCAAGAUUUGUCGGGAUUCAAAUGCGGUCUUGCUCAUUUUUUCCUGCAGCACACGAGUGCUUCUCUGACCAUAAAUGAGAAUUACGACUCGGAUGUACGGGACGAUACGGAGACGUUCCUCAACAGGGUAGUUCCAGAGGGAAGGUCUGCACCUUGGAAGCAUACACUGGAAGGCCCAGAUGACAUGCCAGCUCACAUAAAGUCAUCAAUGUUUGGCUGCUCGCUCACAAUUCCAAUCACAAAUGGGCAGCUCAACAUGGGAACUUGGCAGGGGAUUUGGCUGUGUGAGCACCGUGACUCAGCUACUUCUCGCAAAGUUGUGGUUACUAUUAAUGGCAUAUAAGUUGCUAAAGGCAGACAUGUCUUUUGCUUUUGUUUGUAUGCGAUACUACAGCAGACUUGGGGAUCAAUAUCUGCUUCACCUGAUUGUGCAUGCACUUAAUAUUCUGAUCUUCAAUUGCCGUAUUGCUUUGUUACUGUAGAGGAGAUAUGUAUUUAAGACGUUCACGAUUGUGAAUAAUAUUGUAAAAACAUUAUGGGAAAUGCAACUUUAUUAGCUCCACAAAA